AUGCCUUCGCUUCGCAACGUGUACGCCGCUCAGAAUUUCUUCUCCGGCGGGUUACCACAACGUCCUGCUGCGUACGCGGCUCUGCUAUUAUCUCUGGAACUCGGGAAUAAUAGGCGAUUCCACUCACCCCCUCUCUCCUCUCUCUCUUCGUCUCCCGACCCCUCAGGCCCCAUCCCCGCUUUCUGCCAAGGCAAGCAGGCCCUCACCAUCCUCAGUCUCGCCUCCAACGCCCUCUCCGGCCCGCCCGCCCCGCUCUCCUCCCCCUCCUGCUCCGCCUCCCUCGCCCUCCUCUACCUCUCCUCCAACCGCCUCUCCGGCCCCAUCCCCGCUACAGUCAGCUCCUUUACUCGCCUCAAGUUGCUGACCCUUGACAGGAACGCCCUCACGGGAACGAUCCCCGCAGGUGUGAGCAACAUGAAAUGGUUGCAGGGUCUCGGGUUGUCAUACAACAGGGUAUCGGGGAAAAUACCCGCGGUUUGGCCAGCAAGAAUACAGCAAGUGCGGCUGGCAGGGAAUCGGCUGAGAGGGGCUGUUCCGACUGCUCUGAGCAAGCUGAAGCGAGGCGCGUUCAAACCAGGGAACCCCAACUUGUGUGGUGCCCCGUUGCCUGCCUGUGCAUAG